UUUCCUUUUCAGGCUCGUUUAAGUUUAGUCCACGUGGUCUGCAUUUUAGUACAAUAGUUCCGAAUAGUUCUUAUAAUAACUAGAUAUUGUAUUAUGUUUGUUUUAUUUUAAGGCGUAUAACUUACAAUAAUGAACUUAAUAAGUCUUAGCGGCUGACCAUGCAGUGGCCGAAAAUAGCUGGAUGGCUUGAGAACUUAGACAGCAUUUACCUGCAUGGUGCAGCCAAAAUUUGUUUUAAACAGGAGCAAAAUUACUGAAUUACAAUUUAUACAAAUUAGCAGGAAAUGGCAACAAUGCUAAAAUUACUAAAAAUAUUAAUACAAUCUUUUUAUGAAAAUUUUGUUUCGGAAAAUACCUUGCACUUUCUAAGAGGACGGAUCAACAAGACUGCUUUACCUUAAUUGGUCCAACCCAGAACAAAACAAAAAAAUAAAUUAAUCUUUCUAUGCGUGCUUGGAAAAUAAACGUUCCGCGUGAAAAAUACAAAGACUUUAGUGGUGGCACUCAUGUGCAGAGCAAGAUAUUUUUUCUCUCUAUCACGUGGUUUUUUUAACCCCUCGAACGCGGGGCGAGGGUUAAUUCACAAUUUUGCCACCACCCGAGUACCUGAGCGAGAGCGCCUAUUCAAUUCGCUCUGAACUAUUUUGCUGCUGCUUCUCCUGCAAUUCAUACCAGAGCCACGCGUGCACUCGCACUCGUAGAAAAUGUUAUCUUGUCGAUCUAUAGAUCCUUUAAUUUGAACGGGAGUUUUUAAUUUUGUUUAUUACCUUCUUGGUUGUUUUUCUUGACAUUUUAUCUCUUGACCAAUUCUGGAUGAUUGAUUUUCAAAACGCAAUGAAAUAGCAAUUUUUCUGCUUCACGUACUGGCUCAAUAUGGAAGUUGCCCCUCUUUUGCCUUGCCAGUCACAGUAAGAAUUUAUCUUUUAUUUUCAAAGUCUGACUGAUCUUGUUUGGGCCCUUCUGGCUGUUGAAGGAAUUAAAACAAAAUAGUAAGAAUUCCAUAAUAUCUGAGAGACGAUUGAUCGUGAGAGAUAGCCGCCGCAACGAUGAGUUAGAGGAAUGGCUCGGCGAGGCCAAGAAGUCGCUCUAGUUCUGCGGGCUGUAAGAGGUCGGAGGGCGCACUUAUUAUGUAUUUUUGGUAUAAGCUGUGUUGCAGAUAUUCGCAACAACUAUUGAGAAAAAGGAACAGAACCACGAACGUGGGGUGUUUUUCUUAAAAAUUAUUGAUUGAAAACCCACAGUAAAAGGAGCAACACCAAGCGCGUUUAAUUUUUACUCUUUUAGUUUAAGUGUCGAAUUUUCUCAAUUUCCAAUUUUGUCCGAUUUUCAUUUACACUAAAAAUUUUGUAGGAUACUAAAUUAAAAUGGCUGGACUUGGAAAACCAUGCGUCCUGAGCAUCACGUUGGCGAAAGGCAAGAGCUUAGCGGAACUGGCAAUGGAGGCAGUGAUUAGAAACAUCUUGCUUUAUGUUGUGCCUCAGUGGAAGAAAGCCAACACUCUGCAAUUGGCUUCUUUGCCUAUUUCCCUGCAGCAGAAGGUGGCGAAAGAAUUGCUGAGCAAGCGGUGCACUGACGAGGAUUUGUCAGUUAAUAAAUACAAGAAACAACUCAGGUUGUACCAGGCCGUACUGAAGAUAGUACAACCAAAAGAAGUGGAUAUCGGAGGUCUGAUGUCAUACUGUCCGUUGCAUAUGCAGAAAAAGCAGCUCUUGGUGAUAUUAAAAUGGAUCUUAAUCCACCUUCCGAAAAUCGAGACGCUGAAAUUCACGAAUUGCAACAUUUUUGAUCUCGAUCUCCAAUACAAGCCUGCCAGCAUCGAAGACCAAUUGAUUGAUUGCAUUUGCAACAUGCAACAUCUUAAACAGCUCGAAUUUGGAGAUUUCCAAAUCAUUAGUUACUACAACCUUAGGCAUAUAUGCGAGGCUUUAAAAAAUAGCUUGAACCAUCUUCAAGCUAGGAUUGAUUUGCCGCAAGAUGACAUCUGCCGCUCGUCCUUAAAGCACAGCUUUCAGAAUUUGAAAGUGUUCCGCUUUGAGGAAUUCAUGGUGGGCGAGGAUGGGGUGCGUCGCCGGCUGAAUAAUGGCCCACUGACGCAGCUUUGUGUGAGGAGCCUAACAAAGCUGCAGGUGGUACAGGACUACGUGGACGGGCAAUCCCACCCACCCCCCAUGAACACCGACACUUGCUGUGGACGGUCCGAUUUGCAGCAGUUGAGCGUCGAAGCUGAGACGGCCAGCGAGAAACUGCCACUGCUAUUCCAGAAGGUCACCCGCUUGCAGGUGAAAUGGAUUGGCAGCAACGAUACCAACAUCGACUCGCUGCUGCAGUUCCGACAUGUGAGCGUCUUGGUGUUGGACAAUUUUUCAUCCAACAGAAUGCUUGACGCAUUUCUUAAGCGGUAUGGCGGACAACUGCACACUCUUUCGCUGCGUGUUGGAAGCGAAAGUAAAUUGUGCUUAAAAUUUGCCACCGUGUUCAAAGCUUGUCCAAACCUUGAAAGGCUUUUCUUGGAAGGCUUGGAAAUGACCGACACCUCAGUCAUUACAGCUGAGUCAUUUACCAGUCUCAAGGAGGUGCGUUGGAGCCAAAAAAGGUGAUAAAAAAUUAU